CUUUCUCAUCUGUGCCUGGGUGUGUGUGCACAUAGGCCCCUUAUAACUACUUCCACACCCAUUUUUUUCCUGUGUUGACUCCAGAAGAGCCACUGGAAGAAGACCCUGGCUAGAGUGAUGCCCAGCAAAACUGGAAAAGGUACCAUCUGUUUGGGGACAGGAUUGCAAAGGGACCCCUUUUGAACUUGGCAGCAAUGACAUGGCAGAAAUAAACCUGCAUGCAGUGGAGUCCAUUAGUGACCUGCACUAUGCGUCCAGCAGACAUGACUGUGCCAAGGGCUCAGAAGGAAGCAACUAUUCCCCACCCAACACACCACAGAGAACUCACGGCACUUUCUCCAAGCAGUUCAGCCUACCUAAUGAGGACAACACAUCCUUCCUACCACCAGUCCAAGCUGUCCACAUCAUCCCUGCUUGCACCUGCUGCCCCUGUUUCAGCCCAACCUGCUGCCCCACAGGCUUCCUUGCUCUCCUGGGAGUGCUCGUAGUGGCCAGCCUUGCUCUUGCCACACUGGCUGUCUAUCUGAGUGUAUUACAGAAUGAAUCACUUCGUGUUCUUGCCCGAUGGUUGGAGUCCCAGGAGGCGACCAUCCGGCAAAUGAGGGCUGUCAGCUUGCAGAUAUGGAGUCAGCUGAAUGCCACUGAGCCUGGAAUUCAAACCUGAGUUAACCUCCAUCACCCCUACCUCCCCCUUGGGGAGAUUGGUUCCAGCCCCACAGAAGAGGAAAAACCAACUCACAGCUUGACACGUUUUAGACACUGAGUGACUUGAACUGGAAAACUGUGGUUCUCCAGAAUCCCUGGAGAGGAGUGUACCGAGUCCUCCAGGUGUCAGUGGCUACAGACAUGAGGCUGUCCAAAGGAGACAGGACAGAGGGGAAGAAAUGGCACUGAGACUUAAUGGAAAUGGUGCUUCUUAUGAGCAGUCUUUCUCCAACUUGUUUUUUUAAAAAUCACAUACGAUAUUUUAAGGGCACUGUUAGCAUCUUAUUCACAACCAUUUGUUCCACUAUAUACCCAUCUUGAUUUUAUUUACAGGUCACCUUUGGGCAGGUACCUGACAAAUGAUAAUUAAAGUGACAAGUAAAGCCAGA